AUGUUGUUUCCAGGUCAAAAUGAGAUGAAACAAAGAAUUGGCGGAGUCGAUUAUUACGAUCGUCUGAAGUAUGAAGGCGAAUUUCACACGAGAACUGAGAAACACAUGAUUGAUAACGAAGUUAGACGGCGUGUCGGUUGGCACCAGAAGGAGAAGGAAUUGCAUUUGAAUGAACGUAAGGGCAGGUUGGCUAACCUUCUUCAGUGUGAGUCCCAUCGUGACAAGGAACUUUGUGACCAGAAGUUGCUGCAGCAGUACGAGAAGCAAAAAACUGCUCUGUUUGAAAGGGCUGAGUCGUUAAAACGGCAAGUGAGAGAAAAAGAGACAGCGUUGGCUGAACAAAAGUACAAUGCGAGGUUUGCUGUAAGCACGGAAGAACUUCGCGAGCACAUAACACAGGUGCAUGCGCGUGCAAUUCAGGAGGAUAGGAAACGCAUUGCCGAAAUGAUUCAGGCAGAUAGAGCCGAACAAGCUAGACAAGAGGCAUGGUUUAGUAACACAUGCACACACUUUGAUGAGCAGCUUCUGAAAGAGGAAGAAAAAGUUAGAGCUUCACAAGCUUUUCGUCGUGCACUUGCCACAGAUAAUCUGGCUGCCAUGCUCAAAAAAGAAGCCGGUAAGAAGCAAGAGAGACAAAAUGAAAUUGAGGAAGGCCGACAACUUCAGAACGAAGCACAGGAGCAGAUGAAAGCUAAGGGAGAACAAGAAAAUCAUCAACUACAACUAAAGCCUAAGUUGAUGUAUACAGCCAAAGGAAAUAUAGAAAAGCUGAAGCAACAGAAGGAGCAAGAAGAGCACAUUCGACGAUUGAUUGAUGCAUAUUGUAACCCACCGCUUUCCACAGUAGAUAACUUGUUGGGGACAAAAGAGAAAGAGGCGGAGCUUCGAGAACGUCGACAGUUUCUCGAAUAUCAAAAAAGGAUGACGGCCAGAGAAAAGCGGUAUGCUGAAUUUUUAGACAAAUAUUACGGAGAGCUUGAAGCGGAGCAAAGUAGUAGUGAGCGUGACAGAAAGAAGAAAGCAAGUGCCCGCAUACUAGAAAAUGCUAAAGAAGUGGUUAAGGACCACAGAGCUGCAAUAGCUAGAAAGGAGGAGGCGAAGGAGGUAGAACGCAGAAACUUGCUCGAGGAGAGAAAAAAACUGGAACAAACACAACAGGAGUAUAUGGAAAAAUUACGCCAGGAACAGGCCCAGAAGGUUGAAAUAAAUAGCAAAUAUUUAGCUGAAGCCCAAAAAGUAAAAGAAUACAGGGAUAAGCUUUGUGUUCAGUUAAAAAAUGAAGAACUUCAACGUGAAAGGGCAGCUAUGCUGAAAGCGGAAAAUGAAUACCAAGCGCGACUCCAGCGAGCGCUGAGUGAGAAUCCAUUGGGAAAGCAAUUGUAA